AUGAAAUGCCAUCCCCUCCCUUUUAAUUCUUACCUUCUCUCGCUAAUGAAAUGUCAUCCCCUCCCUUUAAAUUCUUACCUUCUCUCUCUAAUGAAAUAUCAUCCCCUCCCAUUUCAUACCUACCUUCUCUCUCUAAUGAAAUGCCAUCCCCUCCCUUUUAAUUCCUACCUUCUCUCUCUAAUGAAAUGUCAUCCCCUCCCUUUUAAUUCUUACCUUCUCUCUCUAAUGAAAUAUCAUCCCCUCCCUUUUCAUACCUACCUUCUCUCUCUAAUGAAAUGCCAUCCCCUCCCUUUUAAUUCCUACCUUCUCUCUCUAAUGAAAUGUCAUGCCCUCCCUUUUAAUUCUUACCUUCUCUCUCUAAUGAAAUAUCAUCCCCUCCCUUUUCAUACCUACCUUCUCUCUCUAAUGAAAUGUCAUCCCCUCCCUAUUAAUUCUUACCUUUUCUCUCUAAUGAAAUGUCAUCCCCCUCCCUUUUAA